CAGUGACCGAGACUGUCGGUGAAACAGAUCAUCCUCGAGCCAUCCUUGAGCCAUCCUAGGAUAGUAUAUUCAUCAGAAGACAGAAUAAUGUUAGUCAGAUGGAGGGCCUCUCGGUCGGCCCGUAAGCUCCUCUUUACUUAAGGCGGGGAACCGCAAGGUUGCCCCAGGCUCCGAUAGGCGCGGAAGCUCCGUCGCUCUGCCGUCACCCAUCCAACAACCCAUCAAUCCACUUAUCUCCCCUCUCUUUAGCCCGCUCUCAUUCCUAAGAUACCCUACUCGCCUUGAGCCCUUAUUUUUUCUCUUCAUAAUGUCUGACGAUGAUGAUUUCAUGCAAGAUUCCGGGGACGAGGAGUACGACUUCGAGUACGAGGACGCGGACGAUGAUGAGUCGGGUGACGUCGGGAUCGAGAACAAAUACUACAAUGCCAAGCAGAUGAAGAUAGACAACCCGGAGGAGGCCAUCGAUGAGUUUUUGGGCGUGCCGGCUUUAGAACAAGACAAGGGCGACUGGGGGUUCAAGGGUCUAAAGCAGGCCAUCAAGUUGGAAUUCAAGCUGGGGAGAUAUGGCGAUGCCGUCGAACACUAUAAGGAACUCCUCACAUACGUCAAGUCCGCCGUCACACGCAACUAUUCCGAAAAAUCCAUCAACAACAUGCUAGACUACAUCGAAAAGGGAUCGGACGACGCCACGGCUUACCAGUGCAUGGAGGAGUUCUACUCGCUGACCCUCCGAUCCUUCCAGAACACCAACAACGAGCGACUGUGGCUGAAAACGAACAUCAAGCUGGCACGCCUAUGGCUCGAGCGGAAGGAGUACAGCCAGCUGAGCAAGAAAGUGCGGGAGUUGCACCGGGCAUGUCAACGGGAAGAUGGGACGGACGACCCGAGCAAAGGGACAUACCUACUGGAGCUGUACGCGUUGGAGAUCCAGAUGUACGCCGAGACAAAGAACAACAAACGGCUCAAAGCGCUCUACCAACGCGCCCUCCGCGUGCGGUCGGCCGUGCCGCACCCCAAGAUCAUGGGAAUCAUCCGCGAAUGUGGAGGCAAGAUGCACAUGAGCGAGGAGAACUGGGAGGAAGCGCAGAGCGACUUCUUCGAGUCGUUCCGGAACUACGACGAGGCGGGCUCAAUACAACGGAUCCAGGUGCUCAAGUACCUCGUGCUGACGACGAUGCUGAUGAAGUCGGAUAUCAACCCGUUCUAUUCGCAAGAGACCAAGCCGUACAAGAACGACCCCCGCAUCUCGGCCAUGACCGACCUGGUGGACGCGUUCCAGCGGGACGACAUCCACGCAUACGAAGAGAUCCUGAGCAAGAACCCGGACGUCCUGGCGGACCCGUUCAUCGCAGAGAACAUCGACGAGGUCAGCCGCAACAUGCGGACGAAGGCGGUCCUCAAGCUGAUUGCCCCGUACACGCGCUUCACGCUCCAGUUCAUCUCCAAGCACAUCCGCAUUUCCGUACCGGAGGUGCAGGACAUCAUCAGCUUCCUGAUCCUGGACAAGAAGCUGGACGCGCAGAUCGACCAGGAAAACGGAAUAGUGGUGAUCGCGAGCACCAGCGAUGUGGACCGGCUCCAGGCUCUCCAGGAGUGGAACGCAUCGCUGCGGGCCCUUUGGCAAACGACGUUGAACGACGGGGAAGGGUUCAGGGAAGACCCCGCGCAGCUCCACGGGAUGAAGGGUGGCCCCAUAUUCCCACCCGGGCUUGGAGACGAAGUGUCCGCAGGUCUACGCGCUGGUGGUGGUGGUCGGCGCGUGCGGGGCGGAUGGAAGGGCAAAGCCGGCGGCGGGCCUGGAACCAAGGUCUGAGUUUGUCUGAGUCUGGGUCUGAGUAUCUGGAUAGUGACACAUUGUACCACUGCCAUCUCCUGCGUCGCCGCGUCUCCGCGUCUCCGCAUCUCCGCGUCUCCUGGCUGCGUCAUGCUGUAGCCUGCUCGCCCUCGCACGUCGUACCUGCCAGCUACAGACUCGGCGCGAUGCAUGUGCUGUACGCCGAACCCAUCAGACAUGAGAUCAUGAAGGCCAAUGCACAUGCCUAGUUCUUACGGAGUACGUCCGCGCGUAGAUAGUAGAUUUGUAAACAUCAAGUCUGUAGUUACGGACUAGGGAGUGGUAAACAAGUACGAAGAACGGAGUACUCCGUAUCCG